CGACCGUGAUCCUGGACGAUGAGGCUGCCUAUGCUAAGGUAACGAUCCACCGAGGGGCUGCGAGUGCGGCCGUCGACUUAAAAUCAGAAUCCUAGGUGUAGCCCGUCGAGUCGGUUGACCCUCGUGGGAAGAAUGUCUUCGUCACGACGAGACAGCAGCUUACAUGAUGUGCAUCCGAAGAGUGUCCGCCAAAUCUGCCAGCCCCUGGCCAAGGCGGGCAUUGCAAGACCAGGAGACUCUCAGAAUAUUGUGUCCCCGUUUACACUUGUCCCAAGCUGAGAAUAUGCCUGACAUCGACCUGGUCGGCAAUCUGAAGGGCAAAGAGCGUGUCAACCAUGAUCGAUAAGUUCAAACAUCCCUCAACCAACAGCUUCGCCGAGCGCUGGCUAUUGACCAUCUCUGCAUCAGGUGAUUUCCGACAGUUUUUCGAGGGCCCGAGCUGCCGGCACAUCCUCCAGUUUGCGGCCACGAUACGACGCGUAAAUCCGCACGCUCAACAUGCGUCCGAAGUCCCACAUUGGUGGAGAGGUGAUAAUUAUCCGGUCUUCCAACAGGCAGGCUCUCUAACGGUCCGACCAAACGACGAAUUGUUUCGGCAAACGGGACAUCUCGUGCCAUUGGUUCUAUCCUCAUGCAAGGAGGAAGAUGCAGUUUGUGAACUUGAUGGUGUGGUGCUGGGGAGCCAACCUGUUCGGGUUGGUUUUUGGUUUUGGAAACCCAAAGCAAGUCACGGCGGUUGGAACUGGGCUGUCGAGAUUUGGCGCGUGGCUCAGGAGAAUACAUUAGCUGCUGGCCAUGGCAAAUACGUCUGUGUCCGUUGAGAGUCGAUGAGGUAGUGCUUUCACUCAGUCACCCUUCGUGGCGGGCCUGGACAGUGUCGGCAGCAGUGCUGCUGCUGUUUACGAUUGGCGUUGCAGCCGAUCAGGGAGCAAAGCAAGUCUCAUGUGCGCGGCUGCCUCAUUCAUUCAUUUUUUUCCGGUCCUUCGAGCUAGGCCAAUUCGUUUCGUGUGUCUUCUCAGGUCUUUCGAAUGC